AUGGACGAAAUAAGUUUGGUGCAAAUAUGUGAAUCUAACUUUAAUGACGCGGACAUUUCUACUGCUAAAACCAUUCUCUUCGAAGCAGCAAACUGUCGUUCUACAAGAAAAGGGGACGGGAAGAACAAGCGUUUAUUACAGGAUAUUAUUAAAGUUCUAAAAGAAAACGAGCCCGCUUCACUGCCCACCUUCGUUGCGAAAGAUCUUCACCGUCUUCCGCCGGUGACAUUCGACUACGUGGACGUAACGAGCUUACUAAAAGAUAUUUUAGUGCUUAAACAAAACAUUCACUGUAUUCAAACAGAUUACGUUAAAGCAUCUGAGUUAUUUCAAUUACAGCUAGAGAUAGAAAACAUUAAAACACAAAGUGAGAAACAGAUUGGCGCAAAAUCUUGCAACGGCUUUUUUUCAAAUAACGAAGCCAAGCACGUCCCGAGUGAGUUAGCAACCAACACGCAUGCGCCGUGUUGCGUUCCGUCGUCGACACCGUUGUCCUUCCUCGCGCCCGCGCAGAGCGGCAACGCUGCGCUUGCCACUGCUUCUGUAAGAGAGCCGCCCCCCGCGCCCGCUACAACGUCGCUGCCCGUGCUUACGCUUGCACCUGUUCGUGUGACCCCAUCAGCUGAUCGCACCGAGAACGAUAUAACUAUCACUCCUAAGCCUACCGAAUUGCGAAAUUCAAAUAAAACUCAAUCCAGGCGACGAACUGACCGCUCUGUGAAUACGACGGAACUAAUAGAUAAUACAUUGGAUGAAAUAAAUUUUAAUGAUACUUUUACGACUGUCGUGAAUAACAAGAAGAAGAAAAAGACUUACACAGGCAACAAAAACCCCAAUCAGCAGGGAAAAGCUACAUUAACCUCCAAUAAACUUAAAAUAGUACCCAAAUUAUCUUACAUAUACGCCUCUCGAUUUGAUAAACAUACCACGGAAAAUGACAUCUACGAUUUUAUUAAAGAUUGUGGACACACGGUCAUAAAGGUUGAAAAACUUGUUCAAUAUAAAGAUACUAUAUUUUCCUCAUUUAAAGUUACGAUUAAACAAGACCAGGAAAGCGUUUUUCUUAGCGCUGAGUUCUGGCCGUGUGGAGUAGAAUAUAGGAAAUUCACGUUUAAACGCAAGUUUUAUAAGGAAGACAAUCCUAGACCUAAUAAUGAGAACUAG